GUUCCCUUGAACUACGCUGAUGCCAAAAUCAAGUUAAUCUCCACCAAUCCAAGCUAACGUCACCGUUGAUUAGUCGGUUCGAUUAAGUUUAUCACUUGAAGCAGGAGCUGUAUAACCUCAUUGUUUCAGUGAUUGCUACCGACCUGACUGUCUAUAAAAUGUUUCCGAGAAUUAUUUGUUUAUUUUUUAUAAUAAUUUUCGGAGUAGUUGAUGUAAAGUUUGGAGAUGCUGCUGUGACAGUUCAGAAUUCUAAAAUGUACAUCGAAAAAGUCGCCAAGCGAGUUGUGGAAAUUCUGGAAACUCGAUUCAUAACUGGCCCGGAUUUGCCAAUCGACGACUACACGGCUUCGAUCAACAUUUCUUCGGAGGGAAUCCGGCUGGAUGGAAACGUUUCCUUCCACUCGGCCUUCGUUGCCCGGAUUGGGGCCAUCGAGUUGAACAUGCAAGGUUUCCGAGAGAUUCGGCUGGACACCCACGUGGCCAUCGAAGCUUCCCUGCUGUGGCGGAACAUUGGAGUGGCGUUGGAUUUCUACGCGGACGUCGAGGGUUAUCAGGGCACGGGAACGCUGCUGGUAACCUACGGGCAGUUUAAUCUUCCGCUCAACACGCGGCGGGACUUUGCCACGAGAGAGGUGACCGGAAGUUUGCACUUUAUGUCCAUCAACAACCAGAAUGAUAUCGUCGUGGUUGGGCAUCCGAACAAUGGCUACGUGCAGAUGAUUGCGAGAGGGAUAACUACAAAUUUUGCAUUCCGAGAUCACAUGCUGGAACCAUUUCGGAGGUGGAAUUUUCAGAAUCUCUUGAAUGUUGCACUGGCGGAGAUUCCGUAUCCAGAGGUUUGUUACAAUUGUUAACUCCAUUUUAAGUUGAAAUGUUUAACAACAAAAUAAAUUGAUAAAUUUAACACAUUCUAAGCCUGUUUGCU